GGGCGAGGGGUGGGCUCGCCGCCGCCGGGCUGGGUGUCAGAGCCGCCAUGGCGCCGCUGCUGCUGCUUCUCCUCUCGCUGCUGCCGGCCGCUGCCGCCUAUCUGUGCUGCGUGCGGCGGCACACGGGCAGCGCGGAGGCCGUGCUGCGCCGCCGGGAGCCGGGACGGGCGGAGCCGCCAAGCUGCAGCCCGCCGCGGGACCCCUGGGCACCGCGGCUGUGCGGCACCUGGCUGCGCCUCUUCGUGCAUGUGGCCAACACGGCUUUUGGACAGAUCUGCUUACUGCCAUUCUUAAUAAGGCUGAACAACUUCUCGCUCAUGCGUUCCCUUGACAUUCAUGAAGAUCCCACAUUUAUCCCAGAGGUUGCUGCAGAGGUUACAGAAGACAAGUCUGAGGCUAAAAGCACUUCAGAUGUUAUUGAGCAGCUGAUAGAUGGAAGAUCUGAUUCUGCUAGCAAUGGGUUUAGCUUCAAAGGGAUCAAAGACUACCUGGACUGCUACCGGAGUGGGAAGCUGACGCCAUCUCAGGUAGCAAAGAACAUCAUUGCCAUGCUGGAGGACUGCGACAAAUCCACGCCCCCACUCAGAGCGAUAGUGCAAUGGGACCAGGAGCAAAUAAUGCUGAUGGCUGAGGCCUCCACUGCUCGUUACAGGAAUAAAUGUACCCUGUCUUAUCUGGAUGGCAUCCCAGUGUGUCUGAAAGAAGAGUUCAAAGUGGUACCUUACCAUCAGCGAGUGGGAACAGUGUAUCUUGGGACAGAGCCCGAAACAGAAGAUGCUACUGUGGCCAAGAAGCUGCGAGAGGCUGGGGCUAUCAUUAUUGGAGUCUCAAACAUGCAUGAACUAGGGACUGGAACAACGGGAUGCAAUCCUAAUAGGUACCACAAGAUCCCUCGGAAUCCCUACAAGCCUAACCACUUUACAGGUGGGAGCUCCAGUGGGUCAGCAGCAGCUGUAGCAGCAGGUCUCUGCCCAGUGGCUAUUGGCACAGAUGGAGGCGGCUCUGUGAGGAUUCCUGCUUCGUUCUGUGGUGUGGUGGGGCUGAAAGGUACAUUUGGGCGCAUCAGUUGUCACGGCAGCUUGCCGCUCUCCUACUCCACAGUCAGUGUAGGCCCUAUCUGUACCUCAGUGGCAGAUGCAGCCAUUGUUUACAGUAUCCUUGCUGAGCCAGAUCCACUCUAUCCAUAUGGACUAAAACAGCCCAAAGCAACCCUAUCUGAUAUAUGUGCUUCUGACCUGAAAGGUCUAAAACUGGGAGUGGACUGGACGUUUUUUAAGGCAUGUGAUGCAGAAAUCCUGUCCAUCUGUGAGAAAGCUGUGCAGCACCUGCAGAGUUUGGGAGCCAGCGUGGUUGAACUGUCUCUGCCAGAGAUGGAAGAAGUGCGAGUAGCACAUGUAAUCUGCAUUCUCAGUGAGAUGAGGGACUUCCUGCAACCUGACUUCAAUAAACAUUUCCAGGAAAUGAAUUUGGACACUCGGGCUAACCUGGCCUUGGCUUCCCAGUUCACAGCUCUGGAUUAUAUUACGGCCAAUCGACAGAGAACUCGGAGCAUGAGAUUUUUGCGAGAGAUCUUCACCACAGUGAACUGUAUCCUUACACCAGCUGUUGCUUGCACUGCCCCAAGAAUCUAUCAAUCUGACCUCGUGACUGGGAGCAGCGAUAUGUCCCUCACAGUUCGGUCCAUGAGGUUCAUGCAGCUUGGUAACUUCACUGGGAUUCCAGGCCUUGUAGUCCCCAUUGGAUAUUCUGCUGCUGGGCUUCCCAUCAGCUGCCAGGUCAUGGGAAAAUGGUGGGAUGAAGCUGUUCUUCUGAGGAUUGGCCUGAAGCUAGAAGAGUUCCGUUGCCAGACCAAAAAACCAUCCAUUUAUUAUGAUGUUCUCGCAUGAUGGAGUGACCAAGAUGGGGAAUAAGUUGUGGUUUGGUUUUUUUUUUUUUCCCCCUGACCUGACAAGUAUUACAGUGGACUUGUUUUCAGUGUUCAUCUAAAUAAGGUUUAGUAGCAGGUCCAUUUGUGGAAUGGGCAGGAACCCUCAUCUAAGCAGGCACUGACACUGAGCAGACAUAAUUUCUGCUUUCUGUUGGUUAUUGCAUAAUCCAGUUUACACUGGGGAGACCAGCUGUGCUAGUUCAUUCCUCACUGUGCUUUUGCCAACAGGAGAAGCUGCAACUAUCUUCUGCAAUGCCUUUCCACGUAGGAGUCUUGUGUAAAGAUGGAAGACAAUUUCAUCUACAGGACUGCAUGCAGGCAGUUCAUAUUGCUGUGUGUGCAAAAGUACAACCUCUAGACCUUAAAGCUUCUCACAGAACUCCUCUUCAUCCAGGACAUAACCAAGGUGCUGUUUUGAGGGGGAGAGGCAGCAAGUAAUGCCUUGCUCCCUUGAAAUGAGGAGGAUCUCGACACACCUGUAAUGAGGUAGUGUGUGUUUUGGCCCCUUACUUAAUCCCUCAGAGCAAAACAGAAAGCCUUUAGCUAUAGAAGUGUCACCAUGCUUCUGCCCCUUAUCCUGCAAACUGCAAGGGGAGGAAAAAGCAGAGCAUGAACCCUCAUCAGCUCUGUGACCCAAAGCCCUAAUUCAGGAUUCUGGCUUUGCUGAGCAUUUCUACUUCCCAAGCUAAGCCUUGGAGAGCCUCUCCUCUCACACUGGUUUCUUAAGUAUAAGCCUACUAUCAUUUAGGUGUCCCAAUGGAAGAAACUACUUGGUAAUGCUGUGAAAUCCUCUUUAAGGGGUGCUGAGCCAGCUACGACAAACAAGUGAUGUUUUUAGGAAGUGCUACUGAGCUACUGCAAGAAUUGAAGCGGGGUGCAAGAAAGCUGCUGCACAAAGCCAGGUGCAGCAAAGAGCCUGGUCUUGAUAAGAAGCCAACCCCAUCUUAUCCAAAAUGUACUUCCUGAAGUAAUCAAGGCAGAAUAAAGACAUGGAUUAAAGAUGAGGUUAUACCACAUAACGCAUUUCUGUUUGGUUUGGAGUAGUUUGGGGUUAAUUCCCAGAGGCAUCUCCUGUUGCCUGCCUCAUCAGGUAUCCUGGGCUUGUGAUCAGGCUGCUGGAGAAGCUGUCCUACAUCCAGGAGCAGAGACGAUUAUUGUAUUCUUACUUAGCUUGGAAGGAAAGAAGGAACAGAAAGUAGUUGCAGUUUCUCCCAAAUUCAGUACACUUUGUUUGGUCUUGGUUUUCCCCACAUAUAUCCACUCUUUAAACAGAGCUAGCACUUUACUAAUAGCUAAAGUUAGGUCAGAUGGCAUCUGAAUGGAAGGACAUUGCAUUCUCAUCUGCUCCUUCAUUACCUGACUUAAAGCAUCAACUCCUCCCAUCAGCUGUCACCAGCAUCUGCAGUUAAAUUUAUUAUAUGGUGGAUAUUGUCUUUUAUCUUCAAUUCCUCUAUGUGAUACUGCCACAACUAUUUUUUUCACUAGAUUCUAGUAUAGUUCAGCUUUAUGAAGAACAGUUUUAAAAGCAAAGUUUUUCCUCUAUUAUUACUGAUAAGUUAUUAAAUACUAUCAAAAUACCUUAGAGUGAAAUACUACUGAAGUGCAUUGUAUAGCAAUAAGUGUUUGACAAGAAUAAACUUCUGCAAGGAACA